AUGCUUGCAGAAGCUAUUAUUAAGCAUAAUUUGUCAUAUUCUUUUGUUGAAUAUGAUGGAAUUAGGAAUUGGAUAAAUUAUAUAAGUCCAGAUGUUGUGAUGCCUUGUAGAAACACAGAAGUUGCAGAUAUAAGAAAAAUGUAUAUUAGAGAGAAGGAGAAAUUGAAACAAGAAUUGGCUAAAAUUUCUAAUAGAGUAUGUUUGACUUCUGAUUGUUGGACAUCAUCUACUUCUGAGGGAUACAUUUGUUUAACGGCUCAAUUUGUUGAUGAAAAUUGGAGGUUGAAUUGUAAAAUUCUAAACUUUUGUCAAUGGAAUAUAGAAAAGAAGGUAUUUUCUAUUACUUUGGAUAAUGCUACUGCCAAUGAUAGUUUGCAAACUAUUUUAAAAGGGCAUCUUAAUUUGCAAAAUAGUUUGGUGUGUGAUGGUGAGUUCUUUCAUGUGCGUUGUUCUGCUCAUAUUUUGAAUUUGAUUGUUCAAGAAGGGUUAAAGGCAGCUAUUGAUUCCUUGAUUGCAAUUAGGGAAAGUGUUAAGCAUGUUAGAGGAUCAGAUGGGAGAAUGCAAAAGUUUGAGCAAUGUGUUAAGCAAGUUGGAAUUGAAACUAAUCUUGGUUUACGUUUAGAUGUAGUAACUAGAUGGAACUCAACGUAUUUGAUGCUUGAAAGUGCUCUCCCAUAUGAAAAGGUUUUUUCUAGUCUACAUUUACAUGAUAGAAAUUAUACACACUGUCCUACAUUUGAUCAAUGGAGAAGGGCUGAAAAAAUAUGUGAAGUCUUGGAGCCAUUUCAUGAGAUAACAAAUUUGAUUUCUGGUUCAAGUUAUCCAACCUCUAACUUGUAUUUUAUGCAAAUUUGGAGAAUUGAAUGCAUGCUGAAAGAGAAGUUGAAUAAUGAAGAUAAAGUUAUUAAGGAUAUGGCUUCAAAGAUGCAUGAGAAGUUUGAAAAAUACUGGAAGCAAUAUAGUGUAGUACUUGCAUUUGGAGCAAUUCUUGAUCCCCGCAUGAAAUUACAAUUUUUAAGUUUUUGUUAUUCUAAGUUGGAUUCUAUUUCCACACAAAAAAAGAUCUCACUUGUGAAGAAUAAAUUGUAUGAGCUUUUCGAUCAUUAUACAAACAAGCAAAAUGUUGUUAGUGCUUCUUCAACUAUUCGGACUACACCAAGUGAAGCUAGGAGGAAACCCAAAGGAUUCAAAGUAUUUAAUGAAUUUAAAGCAUUUGAGAAUGAAACUGUUUCUAGCAAUGGAAAGUCAGAAUUAGAUCUUUACUUAGAAGAACCAAAGCUUGAUUAUGAAAAGUUUCAAGAUAUGGAUGUUUUCAUGUAUUGGAAGGAUUACUCUAAAAGAUAUCCAGAACUUUCAAUAAUGGCCCGUGAUGUACUUAGUAUUCCUAUUACCACUGUAUCAUCAGAAUCAUCAUUCAGCAUUGGUGGACGUGUUCUCACUAAGUAUAGAAGUUGCAUCCAUCAUGAAAAUGUCCAAACACUUGUUGCUACUCGAAAUUGGUUACAUGGUUUUUCUCAAACUGAUGAAAAUGAAGAUGUUAAGACAACCUUCCCACAAGUUGAUUCAGAUAUGCUUCAUGAAGUAUUAGAUACGCCAUAA